AUGAAAUUAAAUAUUGCCACUGCUACUUUAAUCUUAGCUUCAAUUUCAUCAAUUGCUGCUGCUCCAGUGCUUGAAGAUGUAAAAAUUACUGAAUUAACAGUCAGAGAAGUUGAAUCAAUGAACAAUGCUUUAGCACAUUUAAAUCAUUUCAAUCAAAAAAGAGAAUUAAUCUCAUCUGAAGAAUUACAAAUAAGAGAAAAUGAAAUUGUUACUGAUAUAUUAGAAUUAGUCAAAAAUACUAAUUUAGCUCCAUCAGUUAUCAAAUAUUUCAUUGAUGAUCCAACCUUAAGUCGUAUUGCUACUGAUGUCAUUGUUACAGCUAUUAAAGAUGGUUGGAUUAACUUAUCAACAUUAUUAAAAUCAUUAAAUGAUUCAGGUUUAGCUGUAUCUGUUAUACAGGAUUUAAUCAAUGAUUGUCAAUUCUAUGCUGAAAUUUUCAAAUUAGUUGAACAAGCUAUUGUUAACUUACCACAAGAAAUUGGUAACUUGUUAGGUUUAAACUCACAAGUUGUUAGUCAAAAAGUUACUGCUGCAACAACCAAUGCUAAAAGAGAAUUAAUGGUUGAAUCAGAACCAGUUCAAAUCUUAUCAAGAGAUGAUAGUUCAACAUUAACAUCAUUAAUGGAAUCAUUAAAAAAUUCAGGUUUAGCUAAUCAAGUUGUUGAAGCUUUGGUUAUUGAUGAUCAAUUCUAUACAUGGGGUGCUGAUUUAAUUAAACAAUUAUUUGAAAAGAAUGCUAUUUCAUUAAGUUCAUUAUUAGAAGCUUUAAUUGAUUCAGGUUUAGUUCCAAGUAUUAUUGAAGCUUUCUUAAACUUUGAUACAUUAAAAUCAGUCAUUGUUAAUGCGUUAGCUGCCGCAUUUGGUAAUUGUAAAGAUACAAAACCUACUACUACAUUAAAAUCUACAACUGCUGGUUCUGCUACUCCAACUGUUCCAAUUCCAACUGGUACAACUGCUCCAUCAGUUUCAGGCUCAACUCCAACUUCAUCAGAUUCAGUCCCAUCUUCAACUUCAACUGGUAAAAACUGUAAAAGAAAAAGAAGAAACUACUAG